UGGACAGAAGAAGAUAAACGUAAACUGAGAAAAGAUUUCCCGCAUGGACCAAACGUCGAUGGCAGAUCUUGGCUUGAAGAUGUUUUCUGAUUUUACGUAAUAGACAGUCAUCCCAAUAUUUUGUUGGGGUGGGUUGUAGGUAAAAUGGCCAAAGAUGUUGAGUUGUUGCCAGAUAAUGUUGUCAUUCAGGGUUGUAUGUUGUUGUUGAAACAAUUCGUUGGCAAAAAAUACAAAAUCUCAGAGCCUGAUGGUAUUCUAAGAUCUAAGUGGGCCACCAACCCUCACUUUUGCGGAACGUAUUCACACGUCAGUUUAGAAGCGGAGAAGAGAAAUGCGAAAGCUGAAGACCUGGCCAAAUCUGUAACGAAUCGCAAUAACAAGCAAACAUUAAUUUUUGCCGGGGAGGCGUCGCAUCCCACUUUGUUCUCGACGGUGCAUGGUGCCAUAGAAACAGGAUACAGGGCAGCACACAGUAUAAUCAGCAUCUACAAAGGAGCAUGUGCGCGUAGUCUAUGCUACGUUAGUCGCACUUCAAACGCCACCAGUCCCAUUAACAACCACUUUCAUUCCACCGGGGCAGCUUUCCACAGAACACAUACAAUGUCAAGGCCAAAAAUAGUGAUAGUAGGUGCAGGAGCGUCCGGAAUCGCCGCCGCGACGAGGCUCAUUGGAAAAGGGUUCACGGAUGUUACCAUAUUAGAGGCGGAGAACCGGAUCGGAGGAAGGGUGAAAUCUGUUGAGUUUGGGGGCAGCAUAGUUGAUAUAGGAGCACAAUGGGUUCAUGGAGAAAAAGGAAACUGUGUCUACGAAAUGGUUAAGGGGAUGGAUUUAUUGCAAACAUCCCUCAACAAUUAUCAAGACAACACUUAUUAUUUAUCAAAUGGAAAACCGGUUGAUAAAAGCAUAACGGAUAGAUUAUUCAGGACGACAAUGUCUGUUAUUAACGAUGAGGAUGAGGCGAAACUUCAUCCAGGAACUUUUGGACAAUAUUUUGUGGAAGUAUAUAACCAACGAGUAAAGAAAGAGUUUGGCAAUGACGCUGACAUACUAAACUUGGCCAAAAUCUUCGAAGAAUGGGCUGAAAAGUUCUUCCUGUGCUUAGAUUCCACGAAAUCUUGGCACGAUGUAUCCAACAUUGGUCCAUUCGUUUUCCAAAGCUGCGAAGGUGACCAACAGCUGAACUGGAAAAACCGCGGUUAUAGAACAAUUCUUUACAUAAUGAUGAAAAAAUUCCCAGACUUUACUGAGCAACUUGCUAUCGACGAUAAAAUUCAUCUCAACAAAGAAGUAACCAAAAUCGUUUGGGACAAUAAUGACUCCUACAAAGAUGGUGCAACAGUGAUCUGUUCAGAUGGCUCAUCCUACAAUGCCGACCACGUAAUAGUAACUGUAUCAGUAGGAGUACUGAAGUCCAUAUACAAACAAGCGUUUAUUCCGGAAUUACCGGCGUUUAAAACUAACGCAAUUGAAGGUAUUACUUUGGGAACAGUCAACAAAAUCCUCUUAAAAUUCCCUACCAAGUGGUGGCCGGAUGAUCUAAAAGGUUUCAGUCUUCUGUGGACAGAAGAGGACAAACGUAAAUUGAGAACGGAUUUCCCACACGGUCCAAAUGUUGAUGGCAGAUCUUGGCUCGAAGACGUUUUCGGAUUUUACGUAAUAGACAGUCACCCCAGAGUUUUGUUGGGGUGGGUCGUAGGUAAAAUGGCCAAAGACGUUGAAUCACUGCCGGAUAACGUUGUCAUGCAAGGUUGUACGUUGUUGCUGAGGCAAUUCGUCGGAAGGAAAUAUAAAGUUCCAGAACCAGAUGGAGUUUUAAGAUCUAAAUGGGGCAGCAACCCGCAUUUCUGCGGGUCGUACACUCACGUCAGCAUGGAAGCGGAGAAGAGGAACGCGAAGGCCGAGGACCUAGCCAAAUCCGUAACAAACCGUAAUAACAAGCAAAUAUUACUUUUUGCCGGAGAGGCGUCGCAUCCCACCCGGUUCUCGACGGUGGAUGGUGCCAUUGAAACGGGGCACAGGGCAGCGGACAGCAUAAUCAGCAUGCACAAAAAUCCGAAGGCCCAUUACAAAAUCGGCAUAAUUGGGGCUGGAAUGGCGGGCUUGGGAGCGGCCAUCCAACUUCAAAACAGUAACAUUGACGACUUCAUCCUGCUGGAAGCCCAAAACGAACCCGGAGGGCGAAUCAAAACCAUACAGGUCAACAACAAACCUCUGGAUCUUGGCGCCCAAUGGCUGCAUGGGAAACACAACCCUUUGUACACACUCUUAGAAAAACACAACAUGAUUUCCAGCGAGUUGUCCGAGGAGGGGUUGGGGUUGUUUGUGCGCAAUGACGGUAAGAUUUUCGAUGAGUUUUUGGUGAAGCGGGUGGACUUCGAGGUCGGUACUAUCCUCGAGGAGUGUCAGAAGUUCGUACAAAGCUCGGAUUAUCCCGAAUCUAUUCAGGAUUAUCUGCAGUAUAGGUUCAAACAGUAUUUAUCUCAGUGCGAUGACUCGGAAGAAGUGCGGGCUAUGAAGUUACAACUUUUGGAUUGGCAUAUCCGUUUCCAAAUCAUCGACAAUUCCUGUCGCAACCUCCACAGGUUGUCGGCUAAAUAUUGGGGGCUGUACGAAUGUUUAGACGACGUAGCUCAUUACAAUCCUACUUAUGGGUAUAAACCGAUGGUGGACAUUCUCGUGGAUGAGCUUCCAAACAGUAAAAUUCGGUGCAAUACUGAAGUGGCCAAAAUAGAGUACGACAACAAAGUUACAUUGACUUGUGCCGACGGAGAACAAGUCUCGUGUGAUCAUUUAAUCCUUACCGUGUCUUUGGGUGUUUUGAAACAGUUCAAGGAAAUACAUCCACCACUUCCAAAUAAUUUAACCACUGCCAUCGACAACAUGGGCUUUGACACCAUAGGAAAAGUGUUUUUGUUUUUCGAAUAUAAAUGGUGGAACCACGACGGCAUUCAAUUCAUUUGGAACGGAGACGAAGAGUUCGAGGACGACGAAAAGUGGCUAAGGACUAUGACAGGCUUCGAUCCGGUGUUCAAUCACGAUAAUGCGUUGCUCGGAUGGGUUGGAAGCGAAGGAGUCGGUAAAAUGGAGAGUCUAAGCGAGGAGGAAGUUGGCUGGUCUUGCGUUAAUCUGCUUAGGAAGUUCCUACCCGACUACGAUAUUCCUAAUCCCAUCGCCGUUAUUAGGACGCAAUGGAAUUCUAAUCCGUGGGUGCGAGGAAGCUACUGCCACAUAACACCGGAAUGUGACGACAGCAAUUCCGGCAUCGAACAAAUGACGGAACCGGUUGCGGUUGACGGUAUACCGAGAAUUCUACUAGCCGGCGAAGCGGUGCAUCCCAAUCAUUAUUCCACCGUGCACGGUGCUUACGAAUCGGGACAGAACCAGGCGGCUUUUCUCGUCGAAUAUCUUUCCGCAUCUGAUGAUUAUUUGGACUCGUAAUGCGCGCUUCCAUUUCGUGUAUUGUAUGUAUAUUGUGUGCAUACAUAACUUAACACAGUAAAUGAUAAUAGUGAUUCUCUUGGGUAUUAUCUAAAUUUGUUCAUGCUGGUCAUAAUUGUGGAACUGAAAUAUGUUAUUGUGGGCAUUGAGGUAAAUUUUUGUUUUAAGAGAAUGAAUCAUAAAAACUAUUAGGAGGCAAUGGCUGAAAAAUUAGACGUGGACAGUUUUAUGGUGUAGAACAAGGUUUCUCAAAUAUCCCUAAUAGAUUUUCCAAGACAACGGCAAACC